GAUUUUGUUUUCUGUAUCCAUAGAUCUGAUCUAAACACCAUGGAAAAAGAACACUAAGAUUUUUCACCAUGAUUGGAGGCCUGUUCAUUUAUAAUCACAAGGGAGAGGUUUUAAUCUCUCGAGUCUACAGAGAUGACAUUGGGCGGAACGCGGUGGACGCCUUCCGGGUCAAUGUCAUCCACGCGCGGCAGCAGGUGCGCUCUCCCGUCACCAACAUCGCCCGCACCAGCUUCUUCCACGUCAAGCGGUCCAACAUCUGGCUGGCUGCCGUCACCAAGCAGAAUGUCAACGCCGCCAUGGUGUUUGAGUUCCUCUACAAGAUGUGCGAUGUGAUGACUGCCUAUUUCGGCAAGAUCAGCGAAGAGAACAUCAAGAACAAUUUUGUGCUGAUCUACGAGCUUCUGGACGAAAUCCUGGACUUUGGUUACCCACAGAAUUCUGAGACCGGGGCCCUGAAAACGUUCAUCACUCAGCAAGGAAUCAAGAGCCAGACUAAAGAAGAACAGUCUCAGAUAACCAGCCAGGUGACCGGACAGAUCGGCUGGAGGCGCGAAGGGAUCAAAUACCGUCGCAACGAACUCUUCUUGGACGUGCUGGAAAGCGUGAACUUGCUGAUGUCGCCGCAAGGUCAGGUCCUGAGCGCCCACGUCUCGGGCAGGGUGGUGAUGAAGAGCUAUCUCAGCGGGAUGCCGGAAUGCAAGUUCGGCAUGAACGACAAGAUUGUCAUUGAGAAACAGGGCAAAGGGACUGCGGAUGAAACAGGGAAGAGCGGGAAGCAGUCUAUCGCCAUCGACGACUGCACUUUCCACCAGUGCGUGAGGCUCAGCAAGUUCGACUCGGAGAGGAGCAUCAGCUUCAUCCCCCCAGAUGGAGAGUUUGAGCUCAUGAGAUACCGAACCACUAAAGACAUUAUCCUUCCUUUCCGGGUGAUCCCCCUGGUGCGGGAGGUCGGCCGGACCAAGCUGGAGGUGAAGGUUGUGAUCAAAUCCAACUUCAAGCCUUCCCUCCUGGCUCAGAAGAUAGAGGUGCGAAUCCCUACACCCCUGAACACUAGUGGCGUACAAGUCAUCUGCAUGAAAGGGAAGGCGAAAUACAAGGCCAGUGAGAAUGCCAUUGUGUGGAAGAUUAAGCGUAUGGCAGGAAUGAAGGAAUCCCAGAUCAGCGCGGAAAUAGAACUGCUUCCAACCAAUGACAAGAAGAAAUGGGCUCGGCCCCCCAUCUCCAUGAACUUUGAGGUUCCGUUUGCACCUUCUGGGCUGAAGGUGCGUUACCUGAAAGUGUUCGAGCCAAAGCUGAACUACAGUGACCACGACGUGAUCAAAUGGGUGAGGUACAUCGGGCGGAGCGGGAUCUACGAGACGAGAUGCUAGCCCUGCGCGACCCGCCCGGCUCCCUCUUUUUCCCCAGCCGGCCUCCCUCGGUCUCAAAACUACAAUUGAAGAGCAUCUCUCUGGCCUCUCCUCCUCCGUCCAGAGGCCGAAAGCUAGACUCCCACAGUUUCCUCCUGGGGGGGAGGGGUGGAAAAGGACAGUGUUGCCUGCUCCGGUUUUUGGUUCCGAUCCAUCACGGCUGAAGCCAGACAGCUCGGAAAGAGCCCGGCCAGCGUUUUGUUCCAGGGUCUAACUACCCCCUCUCUUGUGGUCCUUCUAGGGAACGUCCGCCGCGUAACGAGCCCUCUUCCGUUGGUGUCAUUACUUGCAUCAUAGCCCUAGUAUUUUUUGGAAGUUCUUGUGCAUAAUGUACUUGUAGGAUAGGUCUGUAAACCAUAGACUGGACAAACCUUGAGUUGGUUUCCCGCUGCUGUCCCUGCUUUAUUGGCUGUUGUGGUGGUUUGUUGCUGUGCGGCAGGAGCGGGGUGUGCUGUCCCUUCCGCUCCACUGCCCUUCUUACUCUCCCCUCCCCUCCUCGCACAGCAUCCUUAGCACAGAGUCCUACUUUUGGGGAAGCUUUGUGACCAAAAAAGGCUGAGGGUUGGAGGUUUGCGGGGGGCGUGGGGCAAAGCACAGCAUUUAGAAUCCUUUGGAGGGCACAGGUCCUUGGAGCACGGACAGCUGACGAAGCCAGCGCCUUCCUCCUCCACCAAUUUAGAACUUUCAUCCAAAUCUUUAAAAAAAAGAAUUUAAAAACUAGCAAGCUGACUUUGGGUCAGGGCAGCACGUGGGGGAUCUAUUCCCUGCAAUCCAAUCAGUCCGUUAAGUUGUGUAUCUUCUCCUCCCCCCCCUCCCUCGCCCUGCCCAAUCGGCUUACACUUUUUCUCUUGCUGAACGCUUUUUGGUCAAUAGACGCGCCGCCGCAACCCGCAAUCCUCUGCUUCGAUAGCGUGAGUCUCCCAUUUUGUACACUUGUGAUUUGUCCAGUUCUAAACCGAAUAAAAGUAUGUAGAACCAG